AUGGGUGGCGAACAAGAGACCCUUGAGAUCAAAGGGCAAUUGUUGGCUGGAUUGAAGACGCCUCUGGAAGCCAUCAUGGUCAGAGGCGCCCAGACCAAAGUGUUACUGGAGUGUCUUGCUAUCAUGCCAUUAAUGGCAUUCACUGCAAAUCAUCGCCUCGAAGACCGUGCGCGUCUAGUGUGGGUCACUGAAUACGAUGCGAUUGAUAUUGAGCUUCAGAGCUCGAUGGGGUCCAAAAAGGCGAGACCUUGGGGCAGGGUGCGGAAAUAA